GUCUGUCCUGGACUACUUACUCCAGUAUAAAACUGAGAGCAGAAAUAUGAUCACAUCCUGAGGAGUCUAAUCAAUUCUGGUUUCAACACUGAGCCUAUUUAAGCUAGAGAAUGGAAUUGCUGUUCCUUGCUGGGCUCUGCCUGCACGUUCUCAAGACAGAGGCAGUAGUGGGCCACUGGUGCUAUCAGUCCCAGAAGUGUGAGCUGCCACAGUGUGAAGGUCCUGCCCAGUGGCACCAGUCAUACAAGGACUGCAAGGGGGACAGGCAGUCCCCUGUCAACAUUGUCACCCGAAAUGUGGUGUAUGAGAAGAGCCUGAAGCCCCUGAGCUUUGAGGGGUACGAGGCGAAGGGCUCUGCCCAGUGGGACGUGCAGAACAACGGGCACACAGUUAAAGUGGCACUAGACUCAUCCCCUAGAAUCGGAGGAGGAGGCCUGGAGAGAAAAUACAAGGCAGUAGAAUUCCAUUUUCACUGGGGACUCCUGGCUGAGCAACAAGUGCUGAGUCCUGGCUCAGAGCACAGCAUAGAUGGAGAGAAAUACCCCAUGGAGUUUCACAUCGUCCACAUCAGAGAAGAUGCUUCAGAUGUGUCAGAAGCCAAGAAGAGUCCGGAUGGUUUGGCUGUGUUGGCCUUCUUUGUAGAGGCUGGCAAAGAAAAUAAAAACUAUGAAACCCUAUUGAGCAAAUUAAAGAACAUUGAAUCCAAAGGGGGAUCAGCAAGGGUGGAUCCUUUGCCACUGAGCUCUCUCCUCCCACCUGAGGAAGACCUUGAGAGGUACUAUCGCUACCGGGGGUCCCUCACCACCCCUGACUGCUACCAGGGCGUCAUCUGGACCAUCUUUGAGACGCCGGUUCAGCUCAGCCUGAGACAGCUGUCCCAGUUCGCAGCACUGCACUUUGAUGGGAAGAACUCCACUCCCAUGAUGGAGAAUUUCCGACCUGCACAGCCCCUGAACGGGCGCGAGGUGCUCUGGUCGGGGGCCAGCCUCGCCCUGCCCAGGGCACAGCUGCUGCUGCUGGCCCUGGCUCUGAGCUGCACCCUCAGCUCUCUGUCCCACUGAGCCCUUCCCGCCCCACUCAACCUCCUGGGCCUUAAUUUCUUGCUUUUCAGCCUUAUUUUUGCUGUUCUUUGCCUCAGCCUCUCAUGAAUUGUGUCCCAACACAGAAUAGCCUUGUCCUCCUCCAGACAUUAACCAAGGGCUUCUGUGCUGCUCUGGGGAAACCCAAACCACCAGAACUCAAAGGAACUGGGAGAUAAAGCAAUGAAAAUUCCAUUUGAAAAGCCAAUAGACUCAGAGAAAGCUUAGUCUGGAUUAUGCUGUAGUUUUAAGGCAGCACUGGAAGGAGCUGCACAGAGAAUCUUGGAGAGGAAUCUGUUCCUAAGUGCCUGUGAAGGGUUGGUUUGGAGCACGUUUACAUCCAACACUGCAAAUCUGGCAGGGAAAUGGGGAGUAAUUCCCACAACCCCACACUGUCCUGCCUGAAGGUACAACACAGAGCAAAGAUCAAAUGCUCACACGCAAGAGCAGCGCCUGGAUCAUCCCCUCACCCAACACACAAAUCCCCCUCCUUCCUUCAGAAAAUCUCAGCUCAUUUCAGAUAAGGACACUGGAUUCCUUCCACCCCACCUGCUGCUGGGGCUGUCAGGUUCCUCUGUUAUUUAUUCAUCCCUCUCUGGGAUGCCAUGGCCAAUGUGAUGUGCUGGGGAGCAGCAGGGAGGCUCAUCCCCACCACCAGAGGCACAUCUGUGGAAAUUCCCUCUCUUUGGAGGGCUGCUUCUGAAGCAGGAGACUCUGAUCAUCCUUUGUAGUUGUUAUUUGCCUAAUAAAAUAGGACAGCUCAAGAAAUGGCUCUUUCUUACAUAUAAAUAUAAAUAUAUAUAUAUUUCUUUUAUAAAUAUAAUUUUUUAUAGUAGCAUACUUGCAAUAUUCACAAUAUGGUGAUUCACAAGAUUCAUAGUUUUUUCCAAGAAGAUUGUGGUUUGAACCAAUUCCUUCAGAUCUUACCCAAUUACUUAUAGAAAAUACAUUGGGAAAUGGGGUUUCCUUGUAUCAUUCUGGUUCUCCCUCUGAAGAGGGACAUAACAUUUCUCUUUGGCUAGUGCCAUAUAACAUAGUACAGCUUCUUUUAGGGUUUUAGAUUUUGGCCACACCAAAAUAGGAUUUCAUAUUAGCCGAUUUGUAUUUUUUUUUUCCUUUAAGGGCAAUGUUUGCAGAGAUGACUUUAUAUAUUUUCAGGGAAAUCCUGGCAGUGAGAGCAACCACAACUCACCAAAAGCAGGGAAAUUAUUUUCAUAUUAAUCAAUCAGUAAAGCUUUAAUAAAAACCAAAAAAAAAACACAUGGGAAAGCAAAUGAACCUAUUUAAGUUUAAAGGAAAGAUUAAUACUUUAACUAUGUUUUUAUGUAACUGAAAAUCUUUGGAGGAGCAAACAGAAAUGAAAUAUUAAAGGUGAACAACAGACCUAUA